UGAAAACGUGUCAGUUUGUCACUUUCACAAGGUUGGAGUAAUAACAUGUUCAACUACUUAGGCCGUUUGCUCGAAUCUAGGUUGUACUCCUCAAACACCGGCUUGGAUAUUUGGUCUAUUUUCGCAAGCUGUUUCCCGGAAGUCUUCGAAUGUUGCGCUUCUGGGUUUAGAAACUCAAUGCCACAAACGCAACAAAGCGUCCAGGCGGCUGGAAAACCACUCGAAGAAGAAGAAAUGGGUCAGUCGAAGACCGCGGAUUGGAUGAUGAGUUCGAAUCAAGCAACGCGUCGGGCAAAGUUUGUGAAGAUGAAUGUUAUGAAUGGACAACAACUAGUGUCGAAAACUGGAACCGGUGUAGGGUUUUUUUUAGCUGAAAAGUUUUGUGAUUUAGUUCAGUUUAUUUAUUUUAGUUUAGUCGUUUAUUUUUGUAUUUUGUUACAUUUUUGUGAACCCUGUUUCCAUCCCGCACAGUAGGUGGCGGAAUGCACAUUACAUUGUGCGAUCGCCAAUAUACCAUAGAAGAAGAUUUCGUCAUAUCCUAUCUUUCGUUGCCGCAUGUUUCCUCUGAUAUUUGUGGAUCAGGUCUGGUAUAUUGUUUUUACGUCCAUUUUAGAGUGGUUUUAUGGUAGAAACAUGAACCAAGAAAAAUUAGCAAAACUUCAAGCCCAGGUCCGGAUAGGAGGAAAGGGCUCUGCACGUAGGAAGAAGAAGGUCGUACACAGGACGGCAACAGCCGACGACAAAAAACUUCAGAGUUCGUUAAAGAAAUUAGCUGUCAACAACAUUGCUGGUAUUGAGGAGGUAAACAUGAUCAAGGAUGACGGCUCAGUGAUCCACUUCAACAACCCCAAAGUGCAGGCAUCUCUGUCGGCCAACACUUUCGCUAUCACCGGCCAUGCCGAGACCAAGCAGCUCACGGAGAUGCUGCCGGGCAUCCUCAGCCAGCUGGGCGCCGACAGCCUCACCAGCCUGCGCAAACUAGCAGAGCAGUUCCCUCGACAAGUGCUUGACAGCAAAACCCCUAAAGCAGAAGAUAUUGAAGAAGAAGACGACGAUGUCCCAGACUUGGUGGAGAAUUUUGACGAAGCAUCAAAGAAUGAGGCAAACUGAUUGAUCUUCCCCUUGAGACCCCAUACAAGGAUUGGAACUGCAAUUAAGAAACUAAGGCGACUUCUCUGAUGUUUUAACUUCUAGCUACGAAGACCUAUCAUUUCAAACACUAUCCCGUCAACCAGAGACUUGUGUAUUUUGAAAUGUCCCAAGGAUGCAGUCCUUAUCAGACUUGCUUGCUCACUUAAACUCCCAACACAUUGGUCAACGGUUCAGUACUUUUCACCACAUUGUUAGUCUCGAACAGGAUUGCGGUGGUCAUUUUAAUUAAAGCUAGUCUUAAUAAUCAUUUUGUUUUUACGAAACAAAAUAAAGGUGAUUAACAUUU